AUGAAGAUCUCUGACUCCUCUCCUGUUUCUCAGACCCUGCUGAAGCUCUCUGACUCCUCUCCUGUAUCUCAGACCUUGCUGAAGCUCUCUGACUCCUCUCCUGUAACUCAGACCCUGCUGAAGCUCUCUGACUCCUCUCCUGUAUCUCAGACCCUGUUGAAGCUCUCUGACUCCUCUCCUGUACCUCAGACCCUGCUGAAGCUCUCUGACUCCUCUCCUGUAUCUCAGACCCUGCUGAAGCUCUCUGACUCCUCUCCUGUAUCUCAGACCUUGAUGAAGCUCUCUGACUCCUCUCCUGUAACUCAGACCCUGCUGAAGCUCUCUGACUCCUCUCCUGUACCUCAGACCCUGCUGAAGAUCUCUGACUCCUCUCCUGUAUCUCAGACCCUGAUGAAGAUCUCUGACUCCUCUCCUGUAUCUCAGACCCUGUUGAAGCUCUCUGACUCCUAUCCUGUACCUCAGACCCUGCUGAAGCUCUCUGACUCCUCUCCUGUAUCUCAGACCCUGCUGAAGCUCUCUGACUCCUCUCCUGUAUCUCAGACCUUGAUGAAGCUCUCUGACUCCUCUCCUGUAACUCAGACCCUGCUGAAGCUCUCUGACUCCUCUCCUGUACCUCAGACCCUGCUGAAGCUCUCUGACUCCUCUCCUAUAACUCAGACCAUGCCACGUUCAGUAGAGCUCUACAUCCUGACUGUGCUGUUCGUUACCAAGGCCACGUUCAGGUUGUCGGGCCAGUUCCCCCUGACCCAGAAUGUGACGGUGACAGAGGGGGGUACGGCCAACAUGACCUGCAGAGUAGAAUACAAUGACCAGACCUCCCUCCAGUGGUCAAACCCGGCACAGCAGACACUCUUCUUCGGGGACAAGAAAGCGCUGAGAGACAACCGGAUCGAGCUGGUUCGGGCAUCGUGGGCGGAGCUUACCAUCAGCAUCAGUGACAUCAGCCUAUCAGAUGAGGGCCAGUACACGUGCUCCCUGUUCACCAUGCCUGUCAAGACCACCAAGGCCUUCCUCACUGUACUGGGAGUACCAGAGCGACCAGAGAUCACAGGGUUCACUAAGCCAGCCAUGGAGGGAGAUGAGAUCACUCUGAUCUGCACCACAUCUGGCAGCAAGCCAGCCGCGCAAAUCCGUUGGUUCAGAAACGACAAGGAAGUAACAGGCACCAAGGAGGUGAACGCCACAGGGAAGUCAUUCACAGUGAAGAGCAGUCUGCAGCUGCAGGUGGAUCAGAGCGAUGACGGGGUGGCCUAUACCUGCAGUGUGGAGCACGUUUCUCUUUCUUCCAACCCAUACCAGGUCACAGAGGUCCUGGAGGUCCAUUACGCCCCCCAUGUGGAGAUCUCCCACUCCGUGAUCAUCCCUCAGGAAGGACAGUACUUUAAACUGGAGUGUGUCUCCAAAGGGAACCCCCUACCAGAGCCAGUGUUGUGGUCUAAAGAUGGAGGGGAGCUGCCUGAUGUAGAGAGGAUGAUCGUAGAGGGCAGGGAACUCACCAUCACCGCCCUCAACAAGACAGACAACGGCACGUAUCGCUGUGAGGCCAGUAACUACCUGGGGACCAGUGGAGCUGAAUAUGUGCUGUUCGUAUACGCCAAAGACUUACCAGAGCCCACCAAAGAUCCCAAUGCACCAGGACAGCAGGACCCUGACCAUGCAUUAAUUGGAGGUGUUGUGGCUGUGGUUGUGUUCAUCACCUUGUGUUUGAUCAUAGCUCUAGGGCGGUAUCUGGCUAGGCAUAAAGGGACGUACCUAACACACGAGGCUAAAGGAUCCGAGGAUGCCCCUGAUGCAGACACAGCCAUCAUCAACGCAGAGGGGAACCACGCAGCAGAGGAGAAGAAAGAAUAUUUCCAUCAGGAAGCGGAAAGAAAUGUGCUUCAUCUGACACCGGAAAACAUUGGCUAUGCCAAUAAUUAUGCUUUCAGAGAAGAAUAUGUGAAAUGUAUCAAUGUGAACGACAUGUGA